AUGAAUAUUGUUGUAAAAGUUAUAAACUUGGGAGUAGAAGGGGCACUUAAGUGUUUUGAUGCAGAGGGCGAGGUAUUACGGAAUGCUCGUCAUCGCAAUUUGGUCAAAAUCAUUAGCGUUUGUAGCAACAUCGACUUCAAGGCCCUUGUAUUGGCAUACAUGCCAAGUGAGAACUUAGAGAAGUGGUUAUACUCCCAUGAACGUUGUUUGAAUUUCUUACAAAGGUUGAAUAUAAUGAUUAAUGUCGCAUCAGCAUUGGAAUACCUUCAUUAUGGUUUCUCAACAAUUAUUGUUCACUGUGACUUGAAGCUAAGCAACGUCUUAUUAGAUGUGGAUAUGGUUGCACAUGUUACUGAUUUUGGCAUGGCCAAACUCUUUGGUGAUGAGGAUUCUAUGAUGCAAACCAUGACUCUUGGUACUUUGGGGUAUAUGGCACUUGAUUUUGAUGCAGAUAAUGACAUUAAGCCUGAGGGAUUGGCUUCAUUGGAGGAGUAA